AUAGGAAAAGAAAAUAAAAUGUGAGGGGAUAAUGUAAUGUAAUAAAUCGAUCCUAUUUUGCAACAGGGUUUUGGUUGGGGUUUGCAAAUUCCAGUUGAAGCCUCAAAGGUGCUUGUUUGCAGGUUUCACCAUAAACAGAACCUUCAUCACUUUCAAUCCCAAUCCGCAUCCUUCAAUUCAGCAUCACAAACACAAACACAGCAAUCUGGUGAGUCUAUUAUCCUUUUCACCAAUCUUCAUUUUUCUACCACUUAGUAAUUUCUUGCUUUAUGUGAAAAACAACCAUGGAAUCACUUACUUCACCCAAAAUCUCUUUUUUAUCUACCCCUUUACCAUUUUUCAUCUCAAAUAAACUACCCUUAUUUCAAAAACCAAACCUUUCUCUCAAAAUUAAUUGUUCCCUUAAAAAAUCCCAAUUUUUGGGUACCAAUUUGCGUUUGUUUCCGUUAGAAUCAUCACAUGUUAGGCCCAGGUUUCAAAUUGUGCCGAUAAGAGCCGCCGUGAAGCGAAGAAAAGAGCUUCCUUUUGAUAAUGUUAUACAGAAAGAUAAGAAGCUCAAAUUUGUUCUUAAGGUGAGGAAAUUACUAGUGAGUCAACCUAAUAGGCUUAUGUCUCUUCAAGAACUAGGUAAGCAUAAAAAAGAAUUAGGGUUGGAUAAAAAGAGAAAAUUAAUUGUACUUUUGAGGAAAUUCCCGGGUGUGUUUGAGAUUGUGGAAGAAGGGUGUUUUUCUCUUAAAUUCAAAAUGACUUCUGAGGCGGAACGGCUUUAUUUUGAGGAAUUGAAGGUUAGGAAUGAAAUGGAAGAUGUUGUAGUUACUAAGCUUAGAAAAUUAUUGAUGAUGUCAUUGGAAAAGAGGAUUUUGUUAGAAAAAAUUGCCCAUUUGGCGAAUGAUUUGGGACUUACGAGAGAAUUUCGUGAUACAGUUAUUCAUAGGUACCCGGAUUUUUUCAAAGUUGUUGAGACGGAAAGAGGUCCUGCACUUGAAUUAACACAUUGGGAUCCUGAGCUUGCUGUUUCUGCGGCGGAGCUAUCUGUGGAGGAUAAUCGAAUUCGAGAAAUAGAUGAGCAGAAUUUAAUUAUAGACAGGCCACCCAAAUUCAAUAGAGUGAAGCUUCCUAAGGGUCUUAAUCUUUCCAAGGGUGAGAUGAGGAAGAUAAUGCAGUUCAGAGACAUUCCUUAUAUAUCUCCUUACUCAGAUUUCUCAAUGAUUGGUUCGGGAACGCCGGAGAAAGAGAAGCAUGCUUGUGGAGUUAUUCAUGAGAUUUUGAGUCUCACAAUUGAGAAACGAACUCUUGUUGAUCACUUCACUCAUUUUCGAGAGGAGUUUAGAUUUUCUCAGCAAUUGAGAGGGAUGUUGAUAAGGCACCCUGAUAUGUUUUAUAUCUCAUUGAAAGGAGACAGGGAUUCUGUGUUCCUUAGGGAAGCUUAUCGAGAUUCUCAGUUGGUAGACAAGGACAAAUUGUUGCUUAUAAAGGAGAAACUUCGCUCUUUGGUUGAUAUUCCACGAUUUCUUAAGGGUAGGGGUGCUGCCCGAACUAGAAUUGGAGAUGGCAUGGAAGAGAAUGAUAUUGAUAGCAGACAGGAUGAAAGUGGUGAAGAGGAACAAGAAUGGUCAGAUGCUGAUGACGAUGGUGGUGAUAUCGAUGAUGACUGGAUUGAUGAAGAUGAUGAUGAUGAUACACCGCCAGAUUUUGAUGAGGAGGAGGCUGAAACAUUGGAGAUUGGAAAGAGAAAGACAAUUACACGAGUUCAAGACACAAGACAGAAUAAUGAAAAGGUCCUUGUUCCAACAUUACCUGAUGGUCGUCUCAGAGAGCGGUGGUAAUCUUUAAAAGACUUUCAAGCACAAGCUCGGAGUUUUUCACGUACUGGGUUGAUUGAUUUGUGACAGGUACUUUAGGGAAUGAGUUUGCCUUCACUAUGUUGGAACUUGGAAGAAUAUGAACAUCCACGGUUCUUGAAUUUAAUCUGUAAACAACAACGAAGUAGAUAUUAUGUCUGAAUCAAACCAAAAUGUCCAACUAAUGUAGAUGACUAUAUCUGUUGCAUGCUUUACUGUAUAAUAUAGAUUGAUACUUCUUGGAAAGUAUUGUCCCUGCAACUUAUCGGUGUGCAAUUACUAAUGCUUACUUUGAUGGAGUGAUUUUUCUUUGUGGCUUUAGAGACUCUUCUGGAUCGGUAUGAUCAGCCAUAUUAUUUUCAUCAUAUCAUUGUAA